UGCAGGAAGCGCACAUGCUGAGGGGGCAGGCAGCUGAUUGCCUCAGAGCAGCUGCCCUACUGAGCAGCCACGACCUCCCUCAGGCACUAGCGGGAGCCUUCUUCGUCCAGGAGAUGUGUGAGCUGACCCGCAGCACCUGUCUGCUAGGAGAGAGAGGAGGGAUCAGCUCCUCAUGGGCCUGGCCAAGCUCAAGAAGUGACCACUGGACUAUCAACACCACUGAUGGACAAGAUGGACUUGUGUCUGGGACUCUUCUGUCCAUCACUCAGGCCUUCACUGACCCUCACUCAGCCUGAGGAGCAUGGUGAUAGAAUGAUCUGAUCUCUCAAUGGUGCCUACACUGGGGAUGGUGUCAUAUAUCUUCUGAACCCUAGUCGAUGGAUUUAUUACCGUCAAUAGAAAAACAUUUUAACUGUACUUUCUCCCUAGGCUAGAAAUCUUGAAGCAUGGGUGACUGGAGCUUUCUGGGGCGUCUGUUGGAGAAUGCACAGGAACACUCAACAGUAAUCGGCAAGGUCUGGCUGACUGUCCUCUUCAUCUUCAGGAUCCUGGUGCUGGGAGCGGCAGCCGAGGAUGUGUGGGGCGACGAGCAGUCUGACUUCACCUGCAACACACAGCAGCCUGGGUGUGAGAACGUCUGCUAUGAUGAGGCUUUCCCCAUCUCGCACAUUCGCUUCUGGGUGCUGCAGAUCAUCUUUGUGUCCACGCCCACCCUCAUCUACCUGGGUCACGUACUGCACAUCGUCCGCAUGGAGGAGAAGCGGAAAGAGAAGGAGGAGGAGCUGCGAAAGGCCAACAGACUCCAGGAGGAGAAUGAACUCCUUUACAACGGCAAAGGGGAUGCAGGUGGAGGAAGAGGAAGAGGAGGAGGUAAAAAGGAGAAGCCACCUAUCAGGGAUGAGCAUGGCAAGAUCCGCAUUAGGGGUGCCCUGCUGCGCACCUAUGUGUUCAACAUCAUAUUCAAAACCCUUUUUGAAGUGGGGUUCCUUUUAGGUCAGUAUUUUCUCUAUGGCUUCCAGCUGAGGCCGCUAUACAAGUGUGCUCGGUGGCCCUGCCCCAACACUGUGGACUGCUUCAUAUCUAGGCCCACUGAAAAGACGAUUUUCAUCAUAUUUAUGCUUGUGGUGGCUUGCUUGUCUCUUUUGCUGAAUUUGUUAGAGAUCUAUCACCUUGGGUGGAAGAAAGUUAAACAGGGAAUGGUCACCCCUGAUCAUGCAUUGCUGCCCUGCUCUGAUGGUGUGGGGCCUGAGUCCAUGACUUCAGCCUCCAGAACUGCCCUUCCCAACCUCAGCUACCCACCGAUGUACACGGACGUGACUGCUGGGAGCGGUGCCUUCCUGCCGCCCAUGGCAGAAGCCUCCACAGCAGAGUUCAAAAUGGACCCCCUGCAGGAGGAGCCCUCAUCCUCCUACUACAUGAGCAGCAACAACAACCACAGGCUGACCACGCAGCAGAACUGGGCCAACCUGGCCACCGAGCAGCAGACUCGGGAGAUGAAGGCCACCUCCUCCUCCUCUCCAUCUGAUAGUGAGCAGCAGCCUCGUGAAGCUGCUCCCCCCACCACCACCACCAACCCUAGCUCCAGUGGGGGCAGUUUGAGUGGGGGGAAUGGCGAUCAGGAGGGAGGCCACGUCACCACCACAGUGGAAAUGCACGAGCCCCCCGUUAUGAUCACAGACCCUCGACGGCUCAGCAGGGCCAGCAAGAGCAGCAGCAUCAGAUCCAGGCCCAAAGACCUGGCAGUAUAGUCAGUCCCCCUAAAUACACCUCCAACCUCCCAAAGCCCCCAAUGAUUUUUCUAUAUAAAAAGUACAAAAUAAAAAUAAAAUAUUUUUGUUUUUUUAAUGGAGGCAAUGUGAGGCAGGGGUCUGGAACUGGAGUUGUUGCCUAGUAUAUAUAUCUAUUAACAGCAGUUGAUAUCAGUGCAAUUGGUGAGUUGUAGCAUACGUUUUAGAAUAAAAAAUGCACACAGUCUGAUUGUGCAAUGUUGGUUAAAAUGGUCUGACAAGCUGAAGGCUUCGAUAUACUGGACAUCAGGGGACUUUAUGGUUCUUAUUCCAGUUUAAAAUGGCCAAGUAACUUUUCUGUUUGAUUUUGGUUUCAAUGGCCUGGUAUGUGUCAAUGUGCUCUUGUCAACAGUGGUUAUUGUUGUUGUGUUUAUUUGAUGAACAUAAAAGCCUAUUUAUUCCAAUUAGGAAUGAUACUGUACAUUCAUCAAGUCGUUGAGUUCGGUUGGCAAAUUGCUGAGAACCAACUUCGAAUAAAACUUAUGUGGAACAAGUACGUACAGGGUGAUUUGAAACCACUUGUGUGUUUUAUUAUGUUUACUCUUAUGCUGUUAUCCAGUUCCUUCAAGUUGAGCCUUUCUUAAAACAAGUUAUUUUUAAUCAUUUUUUUGGUGUAUUAGAAAGUCGCUUGCAAGACAAACUAAAUCCAAACAUGUAUGCUCUCAUUCUCUCUCUAAGAUGAAGAAUACUGUUCAAUGUCAGCAAUGACACCAAUAUGGGGGACAGCAUUUGCUUGUUCAUUAUCAAACUUUUAUAUUGUACUUUAACACUUCCUGAAUUUCACAAUCUAAAUUACUUUUAUUUUUAUAAUAUUCAGGAAAUAGCCUAGCUAUUUUUUGUAUUAUGUGUUUGAAGAGUAACAGUGGAAUCUGUAAAUGCAAACUACAACUCACUGAUUCACUAACUGGUCUGCAGAUGCAUUUGUCUGUCUGAUUUUUACCCAGGAUCCACUUACUGAACACAUAAUUUACACAAACUAUAACCGGAUUAUGGGUCAAAGCUAGAAGUUGAAUGUGUUCUUGUAGUCUAAAGCUGUUACAAGGUUCCAUCCAGCCCCUGCUCCUACAUUUGAUUCUCCAAUGCAAAAAUUAAGCAAAUAAAGUAUUUGUUUUUGCCUGAAAUUAAAAAGCGCACUGCCAUAUGGACAAUCAAAAAUUUACAUCCGAUUUUAAGAGGUUGAAAACAAAAUAUAUACCAAAUGCUUCAACUUAAGACGGUAAAUAAGAUUUGGUUUUUUAUAUAUUUAUGAUAACCAUGUUUAUUGCUGUCAUCUUAAACACAAUAUCACUUUUUAAUCAUUGCAUCUUCAUGUUGAGGGUAACUCACUCUCAUACAUCACGUGAUACUUUAUUGGUUUUUCUUAAAAGUGCUAUUUUUUAAAACAGAAUAGAAUCAUAAUGAUAUCUUAAUUCUAAACUGUAGUCAGUUUAUGACAACCAAAACAGCUAUAUGGUACAAAAUGGACAAAUGCAAUGACGUUGCAAGUGUCAUAACGCCAGGAUGAAAAGUCCAUCCUAAUUUCUUAUUUUUGACAGAAGCUCAACUAUUACUGACUACUUCACCUGUUGUAAGCAAUGGGAAGCAUAUGCUUCCGCCUAGUUAGUGUAAAUGUAAUAUUUCACAUUGUAGAUUACCUGAACCAUCUUGAAUAACUGAAAAGCUAUGCAAGUAAUUGCACAACACAAUCAUUCACUUAAUAGGCCUUUUCUUAAAUUACUUGUGAAACAUGAUUGGUAUAAUACCACACUUCUAUGUAUUUCUUACAUAGUUCUUAUACUUUCAAAUUACCAUAUGCUUAUAGUUUAUAGUUAGAGAAGGAUCAUAAAUAAAACAAUAACAAACAUUCAAUGCAAACUAGAAACCAUAGUUACAACCGUGGAGAGACUACCCGAGGAGACUAUGCAAUCCUUUGCUUAUAACAGUGUUACUCUUAUUGGGACAACCGUUUUUCCCAAUGUAUGUUACCUUUUCAUUUAAAUUAUUUAAAUGUCCCAAACCACAAAAAAAUCUGUGUUAUUUGCAUUUGUCAUUUUGGUUCUCAAAGUUUACAUUUUAGUAAAAAGGUAAAAUAUUUGCACAUUUAGGCAAAACAUGCUGUUCUAAGAAGUUUAUAUUGGUAGGAGAGAGAGUGGAAAAGACACCAGACUGCCAAUGUUUAUAAUCCUCAAAGGAAAAUGUCUUAACAGUUAAACACAACGGCUCUUUGCGUUAGACAGUAUUUUUUUUAAAAUUACGUCAAAUGUCAUGGUCUGAGACGAUUGCAGAAAGUUUGGGUUUUCAAAUAUAGAAAAAAGUGGGCUGAGAGUAUUUCCUGUGUGCUCACUCAGUGCUUUCACUAUGUUCUCAACACAUUCCUGUGACUCUCUGGUUAGCUUGUAUUAAAAUAUCACACUAAUGUUGAGACAAUGUUAGCUGGGUAGCUGGCCCUUUUCUUCUUCUACACACAGCAACUUGUGUAUCGUUUUGAGUUGCCCGCAAGCCCCUCAUCCAAUAGGUUAAUAUACAGUAGCUUUCUUCAAACUCUUGAUGUGUGUCAUGCUGAGUGUGAUUUCUCUGGCCAGGAGUAGGAACCAUCUACAUUAUGCUCAGAACAAUAGCCUGUUUCAAUGCUGUCUUAAGAGAAGUGCCUUGUGUAUGACAUUUUGUAAAAACAAGUUGAUGUAAAUGUUAAUUUACCUCAAAUGUUUACAAAACUGUUAUUAAACAAACUUUUUGUACCAUA